GGUUUAGAUCAAAAAGUUAAAGAAGUCCUUGAGAUUAUAGCUAAAAUUUUAGAAAUAAGGUUUUGUGUUAGUAAAGAUGCUGGAGAUUUUAUAGGCUUAAGUUUUAGAGUUAGAAUUGUAUGCGGAUUUUAG